CCCCACAGGGGUCGGGCGGAGCCGGCUCCCCCCUAUUCCUGCGUGGUCCCCGCGCCGGGCUUCCCCGCCGAGCAGCCCCGCGACCACGUGCUCUGGUCCCUCUUCAACACCCUCUUCUGCAACGUCUGCUGCCUCGGCUUCCUGGCGCUGGUCUUCUCCGUCAAGGCCAGAGAUCGUAAAGUUCUGGGUGACUCCGAUGGAGCAGGAAGCUAUGGCAAGACAGCCAAGGGCCUGAACAUCGCAUCCCUGGUACUGGGCCUCUUGGUAUCGAUUCUGUUCAUUGUCCUCUGGCAGUUGAGUGUGCCAUAGAACAGAAGGAACGAGGGCUGUCACCACAUCCACUGAACCGUGUCGCAGGAUUCUCCUCCGCUGGAUGGCGUCACUGAGUUGCAACUUCCAUUGCUCUGCCUGCUUCUGUCCUGCUGUGUAUAUUAAGGGCUGGGGGGGGCUCAGUUACUGAGUAGAUGAAGGGGCAGAGCUCUCCUGAUGUUUCCACUUGCUCUGUGUCUGGAUCCCAGCCAUUCUGUUUGCACUGCGGAGCGCUACAUUCCUCCGUCCGGCUGAUCCCCUUGCCCAAGUGCCACCAUCCACGUCCUCCAUUAUCAGGAUGGAGGGGGUUGCUAUAGAGGUGGAGGGGCCUUGAAUCGCUCUUUCGCUUCCACCCCUCAAGCAGACUCUGGCUUCCAAAGCCCUCCCAGAACCUGUUGCUGCAGGGGAGGGUCACUUUUGUUCUGCUUGUGGUGAUUCAGAUUUUUCUUAUUUUUGUAGCGCUCUUCUCACCGGAAAUGUGAAAGUGUGUGGGAACUAUUUUCAAAUAAACUUUUUUCCCUUCUCGUAA